CUCUAGCCACCCUGGCUUCCACUCCUUGGUUUCCGGCUGGGUUCUGGCUGCUCUCCGCGGUGUGAGUCGGGGAGACGCGCUCUGCACGUGGAGCGGCGCCGGGUCCCCGCGUCUUCGCCCUCCCCACCCGCAUGUUCGAGGAGCCGGAGUGGGCCGAGGAGGCCCCCGCAGCCGCGGACCUCGGGCCUGUAUCCUCACGGCCUCGGCCCGCAGCAGCCUCGAAGAUCAAGGACUCCAAGCGCCGCCAGCUCUUGGCCACAUUACGGGUCCUGGAGGCAGCAUCUCUUCCCCAGCAGCCCCUCAGCCUGCCUGGCAGUGACUCUGAAGAAGAGGAGGUGGUGGGAAGGAAGAAGAAACGCCCAAAAAAGCCCUCAUUUGCCAGUGUUUCUACUGAAGUAGAGGAGAAAAGGAAGAAGAAACAUCAGAAACAGGGCCCACCUGGCAGUGACUCUGAGGAAAAGGAAGUAGAAAGGAAGAAGUGCUGCAGAGGGGCUCUUGGUGGUGAUUCCGCUGAAAAACAGAAAAGAAAAAGGAAAUGCCAGACACAGGCCUCUUCAAACCCUGCCCAGCACCUGGACAAUGGUGACCAAACAGGUCCCAACGCUUGGAAGAGUAGUGGUACAAAUGACCCACCCAAGCCAAGCCCUGGGACCACUUCCCCCAAGCCCCCCCAAACCUUGAGUCGCAAGCAGUGGCGGAACCGGCAGAAGAACAAGCGUAGACACAAGAAUAAGUUUCGGCCACCUCAGCCGCCAGACCAGGCUCCAGCCACAGCCCCCACAGAGGAGACAGAGGUGCCUCCUACUCCCAGUCCAGACAGCCAUGAGGCUCGGGCAGGGGCUCUGCGAGCCCGCAUGGCACAGCGGCUGGAUGGUGCCCGAUUUCGCUACCUGAACGAACAGCUGUACUCAGGGCCCAGCAGUGCUGCACAACGCCUCUUCCAGGAAGACCCUGAGGCCUUUGUCCUCUACCACCGUGGCUUCCAGAGCCAAAUCAAGAAGUGGCCACUGCAGCCCGUGGACCGCAUUGCCAAGGAUCUUCGCCAGCGGCCUGCGUCCCUGGUGGUAGCUGACUUUGGCUGCGGGGACUGCCGCCUAGCCUCAAGUAUCCGGAACACUGUGCAUUGCUUUGACUUGGCCUCUCUGGACCCCAGGGUCACUGUGUGCGACAUGGCCCAGGUGCCUCUAGAGGAUGAGUCUGUGGACGUGGCUGUGUUCUGCCUUUCACUGAUGGGAACCAACAUCAGAGACUUCCUAGAGGAGGCAAAUAGAGUGCUGAAGCCAGGGGGUCUCCUGAAAGUGGCUGAAGUCAGCAGCCGCUUUGAAGAUGUUCGGACCUUUCUGGGGGCUGUGACCAAACUAGGCUUCAAGGUCAUCUCCAAGGACCUGACCAAUAGCCACUUCUUCUUGUUUGACUUUCAAAAGACUGGGCCCCCUCAGGUAGGGCCCAGGGCUCAACUCUCAGGCCUGAAGCUUCAGCCAUGUCUCUACAAGCGCAGGUGACCUCUGGACCCCCCUUGAAAGGGGAAGCAAGUCUCGAACUCAAGGCUCAGAACUCUGAAGACUGCAUCCAGCCAGGCUGUGACCCAGGACCUGGUACCACCCUUCCUCCGUCCCCAGAACAAAGUGUGAUGAAAACUCUGGCUCAGCCCUGUUCUAGUGAAGACUUCUUGGUGGCAAGAAGCAUAAAGUCACUCGGGCUAGCUAAAGAAUAAGGAGUUUAUUGUGAGAACACAGGG